AUGGCGACCUCAACCCUUCUCUGCCGUUCUGGGUCUCGUCUGUUUCUACAAGCCGCACCCAGCUCCAAAACUAGUCGGAACGCGCUGCAAAGACUACAAAAUGUGGCAGCGUCUCAACGUCUGCCCUGCUUGUCGGUCCUCAGUCGCUACUAUGCAUCCAAACCAUUCCCUCCCCAUACUGUGAUUACGAUGCCCGCCCUUUCACCUACGAUGACCGCUGGCAACGUUGGAACAUGGCAGAAGAAGGUCGGAGACAAGGUGGAGCCGGGUGAUGUGUUGGUCGAGAUCGAAACGGACAAAGCUCAGAUGGACUUUGAGUACCAGGAAGAAGGUGUGCUGGCCAAGAUUCUGAAGGAAGCGGGAGAAAAGGAUAUCCCAGUUGGAAAUCCAAUUGGUGUGAUGGUCGAAGAGGGCACAGACAUCGCAGCUUUCGAAGAGUUCACCCUCGAGGACGCUGGUGGUGACAAAGGACCUCCCAAAGAGCAGCCCAAAGAGGAGGCAUCCGAGGCCUCCGAAGCGCCAGAUUCCGGUUCUGCAACAGCGCCUCCAAGCGAAGCAAAGGAACCGGCAUCAGACGCCGUGGAAUCCGACUCUAGUGGCGGACGCCUGCAACCUGUGCUCGACAGAGAACCUAACAUCAGUUUCGCGGCGAAGAAGCUUGCUCUCGAAAAGGGUGUCCCGAUCAAGGAUAUUAAAGGCACUGGUCCAGGCGGACGUAUCACGGUCUCCGAUGUCGAGAAAUUCAAUCCCGCAUCUAGCGCUGCAGCCACGACCGGCCCGGCCUAUGAAGACAUCCCAGCAAGCUCGAUGAGAAAGGUGAUCGCGACACGACUGCAAGAAUCGAUGAAUCAGAACCCGCACUACUAUGUCUCAGCCACCCUCUCGGUGACGAAAUUGCUCAAGCUCAGAGAAGCGCUCAAUGCGGCUGCUGACGGCAAGUACAAACUCUCGGUCAAUGACUUCUUGAUUAAAGCAUGUGCGAUUGCUUGCAAGAAGGUUCCCACUGUGAAUUCAAGCUGGAGAGAAAACGGUGGUCAGGUAUUCAUCCGUCAACACAACACUGUCGACGUCAGUGUCGCCGUCGCUACUCCGGUCGGUCUAAUGACCCCCAUCGUCAAGAAUGCUGACAGCAUUGGGCUCUCAUCGAUUUCAUCCGCAGUCAAGGACCUUGGCAAGCGGGCGCGAGAUGGCAAGCUCAAGCCUGAAGAGUACCAGGGUGGCACAUUUACCAUCAGCAACAUGGGCAUGAACGCGGCCGUUGAGAGGUUCACCGCAGUCAUCAAUCCUCCUCAAGCAGCUAUUCUGGCCGUGGGUACGACCCGCAAGGUCGCCGUGCCAGUCGAGACGGAAGAGGGCAUCGUCACUGAAUGGGACGACCAGAUUGUCGUCACCGGCAGCUUCGACCACAAAGUGGUGGAUGGAGCAGUCGGCGCCGAAUGGAUCCGGGAGCUGAAGAAAGUGAUCGAGAAUCCUCUGGAGAUGAUGUUGUAG